GUAUUGAAUUUAGAGUUGAAAUGCAGUCGACCCAAGAGUUUGCCUCAACCUUCGCCGAAGUCUAAGAACUUGAAUCCAUCGCUGUUUACAUCGCUAUUCAAUGAGAAGAUUAUGUUUACAUUAAACGCUAAUUAUGUAAUGUUUGGCGAAUGUAUGGCAAAUCCGCGGAAACAGAUGAUUAUCAUUGAACUUAAAGAAGCAAUUACUGAGACAUUUGUCAAACCACUGCGUGAGAGUUGUAGUAUUAAUAACAAGUUUGAAUACAAGACCAUCGACUUAAAGAGGGGACAAAUUAUACAAAAGUGGGCAAAGAAACGGAUUAAUUAA